UGAGAAAAGAGUCCUGAAAUUGUGUCUGACCUCUCUUCUUGACUCGUGGUUUAUUCUCAGCCACACUCAAAAUCCAAACUCAUUCAAUAUUCAUCACCAUUUUCCCUCCUACCAAACACUCUCCUCUUCCCAACUACUGAGAAGGAGAAAUGGGAUCCAAAAAUGUUGGAGAUGAGUUGGAAGAGAGUCUUCUGGAGAAUGAAAAUGAAGAUGGAAAUGAAACUCUGAAAUGGAGAGUUUGGAGAGAGAUGAAGCUGAUGUGGAAAAUAGCGUUUCCCUCAAUGUUGGCCAGAGUGACGUCGUUUGGUGUACUCGUCGUGACUCAGUCCUUUCUCGGCCACGUCACUGAGUUGGACCUCGCCGCCUUUGCCCUAGUCCAAACCCUUUUCCUUCGUUUCAUUAAUGGCAUAAUUUUGGGAAUGUCAAGUGCAACCGAGACACUAUGUGGGCAAGCAUAUGGAGCAAAACAAUACCACAUGAUGGGAAUUUACUUGCAAAGAUCAUGGAUUGUCAAUAUCAUCACUGCCACAAUAACCUUCCCUAUCUUCAUUUUCUCCACACCAAUCCUCAGAGGGCUUGGUGAGCAAGAAGAUAUUUCUGUUGCUGCUGGGAAAAUCUCAGCCUGGACCAUACCAUAUCUAUAUUACUUUGUCUUUAGCUUCACUAUCCAAAUGUACCUACAAGCUCAGCUCAAGAACAUGGUGGUGGGCUUGCUUUCGGCCUCGUCGUUCGUGCUUCAUGUCGUGCUGUCGUGGAUUUUUGUCUACAAGCUCGAUUGGGGUGUUCCCGGCGCUCUUGGCGCCCUGAAUAUUGCGAGUUGGGCUUCCGUGAUCGGGCAGUUUGUGUACAUUUUUGGAGGUUGGUGUCCCAAAACUUGGAGAGGAUUUACAACUGCUGCUCUUUGUGAUAUGUGGCCUGUUGUAAAGCUAUCUGUAUCAUCUGGUCUUAUGUUGUGUUUAGAGUUAUGGUACAAUUCCAUUCUGGUGUUGUUAGCAGGAUAUAUGAAAGAUGCAACAACUGCCAUAUCUGCUUUCUCUAUUUGUCUCAAUAUUUCUGCAUGGGAGUUCAUGAUUUGCCUGGGUUUUCUGGGUGCUGCAUGUGUACGAGUGUCGAACGAGCUAGGAAGAGGAAAUGCAAAAGCUGCAAAAUUUGCUAUUAAAGUGAUUAUGACCACAUCAAUUAUAAUGGGAGUCUUCUUCUGGAUUAUGUGUUUGGUAUUUGGCCGUAAAAUUUCCUAUCUUUUCACUGAUGACGAAAAAGUGGCCGAUGCUGUAUCAGAUCUUUCAGUCUUGCUCGCUUUCUCCAUCUUAUUAAAUAGUGUUUAUCCAGUUCUUUCAGGUGUGGCUGUUGGUGCUGGUUUACAAGGAACUGUUGCCAUAGUAAACAUUGUUUGCUAUUAUAUAAUUGGGAUACCAUUAGGAGUUGUUCUUGCUUAUGUGGUAAAUCUUCAAGUAAAGGGAUUAUGGAUUGGAAUGUUGUGUGGAGUAGUAGCACAAACAACUACACUUUCAAUCAUAACAUGGAGAACAGAUUGGGAUCUUCAGGUUCUGAAAGCAUCAGAGCGACUCAACCGAUGGUUCUUAAAGCCCUCAGAUGAACUUAAUUAGCAUUAAAAUAUAUAACUUAGGCAUAAUUUCAGAUGACUUUGGAAUCCUCAAAUGUCAUAAAUUCCAUGUGUUUUUUUGAAAAAUAUAAUGGACACAAUUAAAUUUUUAUUAAUUUAUAGUAGUGUCUUAAUGUUAUUUUAAUAAA